CUCUCUCUCUCUCUCUCUCUCUCUCUCUCUCUCUCUCGCGUUGCUCCUCUUCCCCUUCUCUCUUCCUCUCGAUUCAUCAGCGCGAGAUCCUCUCCCUCUCUCCAAACCCCUCCCACCGAUCUCUGGAGAGAUUGUUCCCGCAUCGGGAUCCACCGAUUGGUUCUAAUCGAAACCCUAUCCUUGCGAUCUACUCUCCGUAGGAUCUUGUUCGGAGAAUCGACUGGAGACCUUCUUUCAGGAGAAAUUUAGGGUUUUUUUUUUUUGAAAUAUUUCGUUGCGGAACUUGGAGACAUCAUCGGUCAAUUGGCGUUGAAAUCGGUGCACGGAAGAUAGAAAUUCAAACGUGCACCCAAAACCUGUGAAAGAUCAUCAAGUACCUUGCAGGGUAAUUCUGGUGCUGCCUGCAAGAAAUGGAUCCUGGGCGUUAUGUUCUGCAACAAGGAUGGGAUGCUAACAGCGCUUUGGAGGGGUAUGGUGCGGUUCAUGAGCCAGAAUUCAGGGCUGGUGGACCUUAUGGGACCCGGAGGUAUGCAGAUGAAGGUUUCUCUCGGGAGCCUGUCUACUCAAGGAAUGGUUUCAGCCGAGAUGUACUUGAUAGGGAUGUUUAUCCACCGCCAUCUGCUACUGGCAUGUGGUCUCAACACCGGAGGAGAAACUUUGAUGAAGAAUAUUCGCUUAUCAGGGAGUCCAGGAGGCAUGAGAAUCCAUAUGCUGAGGGUUUUAAUGACAUGGAUAACUACCGUGAAGCAGAUAGGCAUGCUAGGUUUGGAGUGCGUGAUCGUGAAGAAAUUGGCAGUGAUAAUUAUGAAGUUCGACAUCGAUAUCCUCAGAGUCGUGAGGACAGCCGUGAAAGAGAUUAUGACUAUGGUCGAUAUAGUUAUGACUCUGAUCAUGAGAGAGGCAGGAGAGAUGGUAGCUGGCGACGGCGUGACUCUCGUGACCGUGAGCGUGACAAGAGGGGUUUGAGUCGUGAAAGAGAUCAAAGCCCCCACAGAAGGUGUCAUGACCGUUCCAGAUCUCGUGGCCAUGAUGAUCGUUCAAGAUCACGAUCUCCUAGAGGUAGAAGCCGUGGUCGAAGUCACAGGGAGGAUAAUUAUGAUGAUGAUCGAUAUGAGAGAAACGAGAAACAAAGGGAUCGUGAUCGUGAUGAGAAGCGACAUUUUGACUCAUCUGUCGCUCCAUCUGCAACAGUUGUUGUGAAGGGUCUGUCACAGAAGACGACUGAAGAAGACCUGUAUCAAAUCCUUGCUGAAUGGGGCCCUCUUCGGCAUGUGCGUGUCAUAAAGGAGAGAAAUUCUGGUGUUUCUCGUGGAUUUGCUUUUAUCGACUUCCCUACCAUGGAAGCUGCUCGAACCAUGAUGGAUGGUUUUGGUGAUGAUGGCCUUGUUAUUGAUGGAAGGAAGUUGUUUUUUGAGUACAGUAGUAAACCGACUGGUGGGGCUGGUGGACCUUCUUUUGGUUCUGAGGGAUCCUACAGAUCUGGCUAUGGACAUGGCAGAAAUACUAUCCCUCCAUCUGAUUGGAUGUGCACCAUGUGUGGUUGUGUAAAUUUUGCUCGUCGCACAUCUUGUUUCCAGUGCAAUGAAGGUCGGACUGAGGAUGCUCCUCUAGCUGAUGUGGCCUCAUCCAAUCCAACUCCACUGGGGAGAAAAGGAUCAGAGGCUGGUCCAACUCAUGUGUUGGUUGUCCGAGGUUUGGAUGAAAACGCUGAUGAAGAAAUGCUUCGUUAUGAAUUCUCUAAGCAUGCUCCAAUAAAGGACCUCCGUCUUGUCCGGGAUAAAUUCACCCAUGUUUCUAGGGGAUUUGCAUUUUUGCAUUUUCAUUCGGUGGAGGAUGCCACAAAAGCUCUGGAAGCGACAAAUGGGACAAUGCUUGAGAAGAAUGGGCAAAUUUUACGUGUAGCUUAUGCAAAAAGUAUUCAUGGACCUGCAGCUGGGGCUCCACAGUCAAGUAGCCUUGCUGCGGCUGCAAUUGAGGCGGCAACAUUUGCACAGCAAUAUGAUGCUGUUGGUUGGGCCCCCAAGGAGUAUAAUCCUGAUGAAAAGCAAUCCACUGGCGGGCAUGAACAAGAUGGAAAUGCUAGUGCACAAAAAGGUUGUGCCACUCCACAGUCUGGUUUUGUUUGGGAUGAGAAGUCUGGUUAUUAUUAUGAUGCUGCCUCUGGAUUCUAUUACGAUGGGAACACAGGUCUUUAUUAUGAUAGUAACUCUGGGGCUUGGUAUUCAUAUGACCAUCAAAGUCAGCAAUAUGUACCUUGCACAGAGCAGAGUGAUAACAAGGUAACUGGGGAAGCAACACAUGAAACUUCUAAAACAUCAGAUGCUGCAAGUAACAGAAAGGUGGUGAUAUCUGCACCUGCGACCACAACAAAAUUAAAUGAGAAGGCAUCAUUACCUGAUGCUGUUCAGGCUGCUGCCGCUGCAGCAUUAGCUGCAGAAAAAAAGGAAAAAGAGAGGUCGAAGGAGAUCAAAUUGGCAUCCAAAAGUAGUCUUCUGGCUAAUAAGAAGAAGAUGAAUAAUGUUUUAGCAAUGUGGAAACAGAGAAAUCAUGAAGGUCAGGCUGCUCGUGUAAUUAUUGAUGAAAACCCACAUUAUAAUUCAAAUGAUGAUAAACAGGGAGCCUCAAGUAAUACUGGUAAGGGAUUAUCUGCAAAAAAUAAGUUAAAAUCUGAUUCUUCUAUGUCAAGGGAAACUGCAAACAGCUCAGGGUUUGUGGGUUCAAUGGUAGGUCGUGGGGUUAGCAGUACAUCUGCUGCACAAACAGUGCCCGCAGAAUCUCAGGAUGCUCCAAGGCCAGUGGGCAACAGUUUAGGAGGCACCCUAAUGGGUGUGAUCAGGGGAUCUGGUAGGGGGCUGAUAAAAUCAGAUGGGACAACAUAUGGAGGAUCUACUGCUGGGAUCAUUCCUUCAUUGGCAACUUCAACUAGCACUACUGAAUCAUUACUGAAUAAUAAUGCCGCCACACCCUUCAGGACAGAUGCAUCGGCGUUAGGCACAUAUGUACCACCUGUGUCAUCUGGGAGUGGAAAGCGUAGGUUUUCUGAAGUGCCUGUGCAAUCAACCUCUCAGACACAAUACAGAGACCGCGCUGCAGAGAGAAGAAGUCUUUAUGGAUCAUCUUCAUCUUUGGCUGGGGAUGACCUAUCAGACAUUGGGUUUGGUGACUCAAAUUGUGAUUAUCCACAUCGAAAGGGUUCAUCAUCAGACUUGGGGGCAAUGCCUUUUCCCCCCGGAGUUGGGGGUGGUAGGGCUUCUAGUGAUGCUGUUAACAAUUCCCCAAGUUAUGAAGUAAUCACUGCUGAUCGUGCAAUUGACGAGAGCAACGUUGGAAACCGAAUGCUGCGCAACAUGGGCUGGCAAGAAGGCUUGGGACUUGGGAAGGAUGGCAGUGGCAUCAAAGAACCUGUCCAAGCGAAAGCGGCCGAUGAUAGAGCUGGGCUUGGGAGUCAUCAGAGGAAAGUAGACCCAAAUUUGGAGGCGCAGGCCGGGGAUAGCUAUCGAAUGAUCAUCCAGAAAAAAGCUAUUGCGAGAUUUCGUGAAAUGUCAUAGCUGCUGAUUUCUAGGGAAGCUUUUGCUUCUCAGCUGCAAGGGAACUUUUUUGGUUCUCAUGUAUCUUUGAGGUCUUUAUCUUCAUGUUUGUGCUAAGUGUAUGGAAUAGGCUUUCCUGAGAAUUAUGAUCACACUAUUGCUCUUGUGCAUUAAAUUUAUAUAAUUAUUUUUCUUUUU